AUGGGAGAUAUUUUUCGUUGGUGUGUGGAGAAAGAGAUAGAUGUUGAAUGUAGCUUUGGGUUAAGUGGAAAUUUAACAAACGCUGGUGAAGACAGUAUCAUUACCGCUGUAAAAUUUCUUUAUGGAGUCAGGGAGCCGAGUAUAGUGGAUAAAUGGAAAGGUUCAAAAGGUAUUAUUACGGCUGUGUUAAUAACUAACCAGAACCCGCUAGACCAGACGUUACUCCCUAGAAUGGUGGUAGUUGAGGGGGUUCCGGGGUGGAAAGUCCACCUACUAUGUCCUGAAAGGAAAGAUACAGAAGAAGUUGAUUGUCCCGCUAGUGAGGAACAGGGAACUGGAGAACCACAGUCCAGAGGCGGUUUCCCUACCACCAGCCAUGACACUGAUACGCCUACGAAUAACGAGGAAGUUAUAGAUAAUCAGGUGGAUACCAUGGUGGGCAAGAUGGUUAGUUAUUUGGAAAGGUGGCACUUCGAGGGUGGAUAUAGUCGACUUAGAAUCUUCUCGGGAAUCAUCCCUGUGCCAGCUGGGGAAGAGACAUAUGAGCUGUGGAGAGAGGCAGCCACACAACAUUCUGAAGAAUGGCAAUGCCCCGAACAUGUUAAACGUCAGCGAGUGGAUGAAAGUCUCAGAGGGCCGGCUAUGGGAGUUAUUCAAGCUACUAGGAGAAGCAACCCUACAGCUACCCUGAAGGACUAUGUAGAGGCACUAGAUUUUUCAUUUGGUACUUUGGAAGACGUAGGAGAUUUACUAGCUAGCCUCAACAGUACAUACCAGGAGCCAGGAGAAACCUUGACACGUUACGUGUAUAGAGUCAAUAGAUUAAUUUACAAAAUUGUAGAUAAAGGAGGGAUCGAGAAAGAGGCUGUAGAUAGAAGAAGACUCACCCAGGUACUAAAGGGGGCAUUAACCAACAGUCCGGUGGCGCAAAGGCUCCGAUGCACUAUGAAUGCUAACCAGCCUCCAACCCUGAACGAGCUGGUGCGAGAAGUGAAAUUGGAAGAGGUACAAAUAGAAACCGUGAGAGAACCAUCAAGAAGGUCAAAGUAG